AAGGCUGAAGACCCACUUCCUCUUCGUCGCCCUCGAAACCCAUCCUUUCGAUUGCUAUAACUAUAACCCUAAUCUUUUCUAACGUUAGCCCUAUUUCAUAGUCUCUGCUUGCCUCUAUUUUUCUUUGGUUGACCUUUUCAUUUUGUGAAAGUCUUCAAUUAAGAUCAAUGGAGAUAGAGCAGCGACAAGCCCAAGUAAUACACCAGUUGGUUCAGCAAGCCUCCACUCUUAAUGGCUCCUCUAUCGCUACACCCAUCGUCGAAGCCACUUCUCAUCCGUAUCUCUUCUCUUUUUCCGAGAUUCUAGCUGUUUCCAAUGUACUCCAGCUUGAAGGAACUGGGAAUUCUGCAUAUCUUCAUCUGCUUCGCUUGUUUGCUAACGGAACAUGGCGCGAUUAUAAAAGUAAUUCUGGCACUCUGCCUCAGUUGAUACCUGAUCAACUUCUGAAGCUUAAACAACUUACUGUGCUCACUGUUGCCGAGUCAAACAAGGAUCUCUCCUAUGAUGCACUUUUGGAGGAGCUUGAGGUUUCCAGUGUGCGUGAACUUGAAGACUUCUUUAUCAAUGAGUGCAUCUAUACAGGCAUAGUCAAAGGAAAGCUGAAUCAAUUGCGAAGAUGUUUCGAGGUUCAGUCAUUCACCUUGUGAAAUAUAAGCCUUUUGAUCACACUAGCAAAAUUCUUUAAAUGCUCAAUUCUCUGAGGUUAUUCUAUCUGUAGGUGCAAUUUUCAGCAGGGAGGGAUCUGAUGCAUGGGCAUCUAGGAAGUAUGAUAGAGACCCUGGAAAAAUGGUAUGCUUGAGUUCAUAUAUUGAGGAAAUUCUGUCCAAAUUUUAGUCAGAAUUAAUUUUUCAGGGCAUUCAGUGUUUCUACAUCUCUGAGGAUGAACGUCCAAAGUUUGCCAUUUUCCACAUGGGAAGUUCUGUUUUACAAUUAUCUAGUUGAUCAGUUUAAGUUAUUUGCUUUUCAUAUUUUAGAUAUGCAUUUUGUAAAUUUUCUAUGUAUUAAGUUCACGUAUUAGAAUCUGAAUCCUAUUCAGGGGCCAUUUUGGAUUAAGUACGAAUUGCACCAUUGAGUUAUGAUCUUUUCUUAGAUAAUGGAACUAUAGCCUACUUAGUACAAAAAUCUAAUGUAAAUACAUCAAUCUUUUGGGAAGUGGAUUUGAUCAUAUUUCAUAAUGGUUUUGUUGGAACCCCUAACUAUUCUUAGUCUAAUAGCAUUAUUUUGCAACUUCUGUUUGUGUUUGAAUUGUUGUCAUCCUUUCAAUUCAACCUUUUUGGGCCAUUGGUUUCUGUGUAUAGGUCUCCAAACUAUCCAAGAUUUCAUACAUCUUGGCCUUCUUGCUAGUUAUUUAAGCUAUGGUGAUCCCUUGUAUUAGUGUCAGUGGGCCUGCUGUCUUCUUGGAUAAUGACCUACCUCCUAUGUUAUUGAUAGAUGCUUUAUCAAUGCAUCAGUUUUACCUCUUUGCCAAUCCUAGGCAAUGUUUUCAUAUUAUAUCACACAAGAAUUGACAUAUACAUUUCAAAAUCAACUGAAUGAUUUUGUCAAAAUAAUGUAAAAAAGGG